UCUUCCGUCAAAUCUGUCUAUCAAGAGCUCUUCUAGGAUUCCAUACAUCUCGAAUACGUUACAAUGACCUGACUUUUCAAAUUGUUUUCUUUUUUUCUCAUGAAAUGAUGCAUUAUAAGGAUGUUUUCUACACUAGGUCUCAUAUUCUCUUCUAAUAUAAAAAGUGUAUGUAGGCUUAAAUUUAACUGUUUCUUUUAGCUCAAUUAAAUUGGAGUACACAAGGCAUAAAUAUGGUAGCCGGCGGUGGUACACCCGACACAACACAAAUUACAUCACUAAUCGGAAUAUUUGUUGAUAGUACCAAUGCAUUAUACGUUGCAGAGUAG